AUGGCGGCGAAAGUCCCCUUCAGCGAGUAUCGAGACCGUCUAGCAGGUUGCUGGGAGCUCUAUUCGUAUAAAGUAUACAAAGAUGGACAAGUCAGCGGAGAACCUCACGGAGAUGACCCGAGGGGCAUUGCCCAGAUUAGCCGCGACGGAUACUCUUCAUCUCAUUUGGCAGAUCCGGCGCGCGUCAAAGUCCUUCAGAAAGAUCGCGCGUGGUCUGCACAUACCGACGCAGACGUUGCACAUUACGCCAGAGGCAUCAGUAUGUACUGCGGCCAGAUUCAGCUUUUCGAGGACGAAGAAGGUCUCUUCUGGAAAACGACAGUUGAUAUCGCCAGCGAUCCGUCAAGGAUUGGUGGCGAACAGAUUCGUAGGGUUAUUCUGAGCGAGGAGGACGGAGAAGAGGUCAUGAUACUGCGGCCACUGAACGCGGAAGCCAAUGUUGUACGUGUCAUCCCUGAAUGCACCCCUCUUCAAUUUGCGUGCGCGCUGACAUCCAUCGUAGGGAAGCACAUCGUCAGUCCUCAAAUGGCGCAGAUUCCCUCAUAG